UAGGACUUCCGCCGGAAGACAGGGCGGUUUCCCUGGUUUCUCGGCGCAGAGAUCCGGCCAGGUUUCUCUCUACGAGUUCCGAGCUGGCGCUCGGCGGUCCCGGGUGGAGAUGGCUUGCGCUGCAGCGCGGUCACCUGCCGACCAGGACAGGUUCAUUUGUAUCUACCCUGCUUAUUUAAAUAACAAGAAGACCAUCGCGGAGGGGAGGCGCAUCCCCAUAAAUAAGGCUGUUGAAAAUCCUACAGCUACAGAAAUUCAGGAUGUAUGCUUAGCAGUUGGACUUAAUGCAUUUCUUGAGAAAAAUAAACUGUACUCUAGAGAAUGGAAUCGCGAUGUUCAGUACAGGGGCAGAGUCCGGGUCCAGCUCAAACAGGAAGAUGGCAGCCUCUGUCUUGUACAGUUUCCAUCACGCAUUAACUUCCCUCUGGAAGAUGAAGAUUCAAUUUUUCUUCCUUCUCACAUACCACAUGUGUGUAUACUUCCCAUCUUUCCAUCCUGUCGAUAUAUUUCAUAAUUUCAGUCACUAUUCAGAGUUUAUAUUAUUACCAUAUAUUUAUUCAUAGCUGAGCCAUUUAGUACCUUUGCUACUUAAAAGUGUGAUUGGGGAUUCAGCAGCAUUAGCCUCCCCUGACAGCUUAUGAGAAAUGCAUAAUCCCUGACCCCAGCCCAGAAUCAAAAUGCAUGUAACAGUGUUCCCAGGUGGUUCUAUUCUAUGUACAUUAAAGUUUGAGAAACACUAAAGUAUGCUAUGGUCAGUUUUGUUUUCUGUAUAACUUUUUCUUUUCCUUGGAGCUAAUUAUUGUCUUGAUCUUUUAUUUGCUUAGUUUCUAAAUAUUCACUAAUGUAACUACAAACUAUCAGUUGUCAAAAUAGUCAUUCAAAAACAUUUACAUCAGGUAGAUUAUUUAUUCUAUCUUAAAGAAGCUUCUUCUGGAGCUUUUUGUCUGGCUCUGAUCUCUGCUGGUUACCCUGUAGGCCUAGUGCACAUCUUCACUCUGGGUCUUUCUCUCUGUCAUCAUCUGGGGUGUUGGAUAACCUUUUUAUUCCAUGUAUUCCCCUUCCUUGGGUUACUCUUGUUUUAUGUAGCUCAUCAUCAGGAUCUUUCUGAUAAAUAUGUAGAUGUUCUUAGGGUUUGCAUGUCUGAAAAUGCCAUCAUUCUACUCUCAACAAUUGUGAGGAUGAUGCAGGAACAGGCAGUGUUUGUUCUCCUGUGCAUGGAGGGUCACUAUGAGUUGAAACCGACUUAAAGGUACCUAACAACAACUACUCACAUUGUUUGGCUGGGUAUAGAAUUAGAAUAGGAAACCAUUUUAUUUCACGUUUGAAGGCAUUGCUUUCUGGUCUUCUGACUUCUCUGGCUGAUGAAGGGACAACCAAACCAUUCUAAUUCAUAAUCUUUUGUGACCCACUUUUUCUUGUUGAAACUCAAUCUGGUUUUCAGUAUUCUGAAAUAUCAUGGUAGUGUACUUUGUGUGGGUCAUUUUUUUUUUUUUGUCCAUCGUGCUUGGUACCC